UCUUGGUGGCGUAGCUGAAAUGAAGCUUCCUGACAGCAAACGUUAAGGUGAAGGCAGUCUCUUUUGGUGUGACAUCACUCAUCACUUGCUUGACUUGAAACCAGAGGCGAGGUUUAGGGUUUGGGGAACAAGUCCAGGAAGCUGUGUCAACUGAUAAGACAGAAAACUUAUGUAGCUUUAAAAAAAAGACAGCUUUUCAUAUGUUAGGUUUGAAUUUAGUUGAGAAUUGGGAAUAAAGCUUCAGUUUGGCGUGUACUCGUCUGCCUGCUGGUCUUCGCUGUACGGUGUGUGACUGUACACACCCUAACUCCUGGACAUGGCAGGCCUUUGUGGUCUAAAGAUCCUGCUUUUCUGGGCCGGGAUCAUCGGUGUGACCUACUGUAACGAUGUCUCAAAAAAUGUUUCAACCGCCUCACCUCCACGCAUGGCCACAAAUUUUAUAACAAGUCAACCACCCUCGCCCUCACCCUGCACGCAAGGAUCAAAAUCCAGUAACAAGUCAACCACCCUCGCCCUCACCUGCACGCAAGGAUCAAAAUCCUGUAACAAGUCAACCACUCUCGCCCUCACCUACACGCAUGGAUCAAAAUUCUGUCGAAAAAAGCCAGUCAGCCUCAUCCUCGCCUUCAGUCUCCAUAGCAUCUGCUAUUGUCACAGCAGUGACAGCAUCUGCUUCAUCAGCAGCUACUACCAAAAUCACAGACGUAUCAGCUACCCUCAAUUCUUCAGCUAGUUUGAAAAAUCACACCUCCUUCCAAUCAAACUCUUCCUUUCAAGCAGCCAAUUCAACUAUCAUGUCUGCAACUGAUUCUGCUGCAAACACCUCAUCCUCAUCCAAUUCAUCCAGCACCCAUCCAGGCUCUCAGAGCCUCACACCCUCUCACAACCAGACCUCACAUCCAGGCACCAACACCACAGUGUCAACGACCACCAAAGCCCCCAAAGCACCAGAUUCUGAGCCUCCACAGUGUUCUUACAAUGUCACAAAGCACAGGUCCUUCUUGAAGUUUGAAGUAAAUCGUCCCGGUAACUACAACAUAAAUGUUUUUGAAGGCCGACCGAAGACUGUAGAGAAAAUCCAAGUUCAUAACUCGACUCAAAACUCAGUAUGGAAAACUAAACCCCUGAAGCCCUGUACUGAAUACAGCCAUAAUGUUUCCUUUAUCGGAGCUGAUGGCAAAGAAAUAUUCUGUAACUCUCAGGCAAAUAAAACUAAAACAGAUAAAAUGAGUGAAGGUGACGUUAAAGAAAAAUACUGCAUCCCUGAACAUGUUUGUUAUGAAAGUGAUUGGGACCUCAGCUCUUCAAUAUCAACACCAGAUAACCUUCCAGUUAAGCGAUGCAGCAAUGACAAGAAAACAUUCUGUGUCAGACCUGCGAACAAGAACAUCUGCUCAGAUUUGACCAUAACUUUCACUUCAGGAGCCUGUGUGAAUUCUUCCUUUAGCUUCAUCAAAAACAUCAGUGUUGAGUUCUUAAAUUCUAAUGAAAUACAGCAGAAUAAAUCCCCUGGACUUCCUGCAAAAAUAGAAACAGACAUACCAAAGUGUAAAAAUCUCUCAGUUAGUUACACCUGUUCAGAAAAAGGUAAACCUGAUGAUGUGAAGCAACUGUCUGAGCUGGAGCCCUUCACAGACUACAACUGUACUGGUCGGAUCUCAGACAACAACAACACCACAAAUAAGACAACUCCACCCAUCCACUUCAGGGUUGAUUGUGAUCUUACAAUAAACAACAUAAUGAACAUUACAACCAACAAUUCCAUUGAGCUGAGCUGGAAAACAACCAGUAAGAACUGCAAAGAACCCAAACUGGAGAAGCUUUCUUAUGACUGCAUUUGUCAGAAAAAUGGUCAUAAACAAGGUCAGCCACUUAAAGUUACAGGCACAAAACUAUCACCUGAAGGAGGAACAUGUAGGAUUACUGGACUGGAUCCAUAUAAAAGUUAUACCUGUCAGGUCCAACCCAAAUACAACAACGAGAUUCGCGAUGCUACUGGAACUAAAGUUCAACUGGAAACUAAGAUUGGAAGACCUGGAAUUGUCAGGGAUCUGACAUUGACUGUUCAGGAUCAUAAUACAAUUAGAGUAACCUGGGUCAAACCACAAACUUUAAAUGGACCUGAGGUGAAAUACAGAGUACAUUUGUAUAAAGCUGGUGAUAAACCACAGGAAAAAGAGACCUGGGAGACAAAUUAUGUGUUCACAGAUCUGAGCUACUCUACGACCUACAAUGUCAAGGUGGUUGCUUUCAAUGAACGCUUUGAGAGCCCCCCCACAACAAAAAAAGCUGAUACUCUCUACAAUGACAAAGCUGUUAUUGGGUUUCUGGUCUUCCUCAUCAUCAUCACCGCUCUUGCUCUGCUUUUUGUCGUCUAUAAGAUCUACAUUUUAAAACGCAGAAAGUCACAUGACAUGAGUGAAAACAUCAAUCUGAUUUCAACAACAAAUGAUGAAGAAAACUUGUUGCCCGUUGAGCCAAUCUCAGCAGAGAUCCUGUUGGAAACCUACAAGAGGAAGCUCGCUGAUGAAGGAAGACUUUUUCUCGCCGAGUUUCAGAGCAUCCCCAGAAUUUUCUCAAGAUACACGGUGAAAGAGGCCAAGAAGUCCUGCAAUUCUGUCAAGAACCGCUACGUGGACAUUUUGCCAUAUGAUUAUAACCGUGUCCAGCUAACCACAGGAAACGGAGAGACAGGAUGUGACUACAUCAACGCCAGCUUCAUUGAUGGGUACAAGGAGUCCAAAAAGUACAUUGCGGCUCAAGGACCAAAGGAUGAAACUAUAAAUGACUUCUGGAGGAUGAUCUGGGAACAACAAUCCUCAAUUAUCGUCAUGGUGACACGGUGUGAGGAGGGAAACAGGGUCAAGUGUGCUCAGUACUGGCCAUCUCCUGACCGAGAGACUGAGCUCUAUGAGGAGUUCAUUGUGAAGCUGAACUCAGAGGACCACUAUCCAGAUUACAUCAUCCGCCGUCUCAGCCUUACAAAUAAGCGAGAGAAGAACUCAGAGAGGGAGGUGACCCACAUCCAGUUCAUGAGUUGGCCGGACCACGGCGUUCCAGGAGAGCCGCACCUGCUCCUGAAACUGAGGCGGCGUGUCAAUGCCUUCAAGAAUUUCUUCAGCGGGCCCAUCGUUGUCCACUGCAGUGCGGGCGUUGGCAGGACAGGAACCUACAUUGGCAUCGAUGCCAUGAUGGAAGGUCUGGAGGCAGAAAACAGAGUGGACAUCUACGGUUAUGUAGUCAGACUCCGCAGACAGAGAUGUCUCAUGGUCCAAGUUGAGGCCCAGUACAUCCUGAUUCACCAGGCCCUGCUGGAGCACAACCAGUUUGGAGAGACAGAGAUCAAUCUGUCUGAGCUGCACAGCUCGCUGACCACUCUCAAAGAGAAAAACUCAGACAGCGAGCCCACCCUGAUGGAGGAUGAGUUUGAGAGACUCCCCAGCUUUAAAAACUGGAGGACAUUCAACACGGGCGUCACAGAAGAAAACAAGAAAAAGAAUCGUACUUCAACCGUCAUCCCCUAUGACUACAACCGUGUCUUGCUGAAGCUGGAUGAAGGGCAAAGUCAGGAUAGUGACCCUGAUGAAGAUGAUGAGGAGGAAGAGUCAUCAGAUGAAGAAGAUGAAGACUCCACUAAAUACAUCAAUGCUUCCCACAUUGCUGGCUACUGGGGCUCUCGUGCCUUCAUAGUAGCACAGACUCCACUGCCAGACACCAUGGCUGACUUCUGGUCGAUGGUUCACCAGAAAAAAGUGUCUAUUGUUGUCAUGUUUUCAGACAACAGUGAAGGAGAUACGGACUCUAUUUACUGGGAUAAAGAAAAGAAAUGUUUUGGAGAGAUUGAGGUGGAAGUGGUGAGCACAGACAACUCCCCAAAUUUCAUCAGCCGCAGCAUGCAGAUCCGCCAUGUCAAGAGGAAAGACAGUCGGCCGAUAAAACAUUUCCAGUUCCUGAAGUGGGGGAACGGAGAGGUGCCAGAGAAACCUCAAGAUCUCACAGACAUGAUCAAGGACAUCAAGCAAAACUGCGGCAGCAGCAAAUCACAGAGGAACAAUCCCAUGGUGGUCCACUGCGAUGACGGCUCGUCCCGCUCGGGCGUUUUCUGUGCCCUGUGGAACGUGCUGGACAGCGCUGAGAGCGAGAAGCUGGUGGAUGUUUUCCAAGUGGUCAAAACUCUGCGCAAGGAGAGACAGCAGAUGCUCUCCACCCUGGAGCAAUACAGGUUCUUAUACGACGCUGUGGAGGCCGUCUUCCCCGUUCAGAACGGGGAAGUGAAACCGGUGCAGGCCCCUGCAGCUGACUCAGUGCAGAUAGUCAAUGAAACAAAGGCAGCAGAGCAGAAAGAUGGAGGAAAGACUGAGGAGCCAGCCAGCACUACCAGCAAUGACCAGCAGCCGGCAGCAGAGAAUACUCCUCUGGUGUCAGGCGGCGAUAAAGAAGAGAAGACGGAGGAGGCUGAAAAAGAGUCCACCCCCACAGAGAAGACCCCACUGGACGACACCAGCAAUGGUCCCACUGUCACUCCAGGGGUUUGAGGAUGAAGGCACGUUUAUGGCUGUUCUCUGCUCAUGAGAAACGCUUUACUUCUAUGCUUCUUUUCGUUUAAAAUUUCAGAAUGAUUGUAUAAAUAUUGUAAAGAUUUGACAGGGUGUAAUUUGUGAAAUUUGUUGAAGAAUUUGACCAAUUUCCCAAAAUGUAUGAUUUAAACUAAGUUAUAAAUGUUUGGAAAUGUACUAGGAUGAAAAUGAUCAAGUUUACGAAACCUGCUGUCAUCAAACUAGAGAUCCUGGAUUUACUGUGUAGUAAACUAAAUUUGAAGUAUACAGUACACGUGUUUUUGCUUACUCUAACUGCUCAUGAAAUUGAUUUAGUUUAUCUAGGUUUUUUUUUUUUUUACUAAAAAAACAUCUUGUAAUCCUCGUUCAUAUAUAAUGUUGAGCAUUUUUGAAUUAUUUAGUUAAGUGUGAUGUUUGUGCCACCCCAUUUCUAUUAAAAGAGACUUACAAUAAGAGUUUUAUUUAUGUAUUGUAUUUGCUUAUUGCUUACUGUUUUGUUAACCAUAUCUUUAAAUGAAAAACAGAUUUCUCACUCAGAUUCUUACUACACAAACACCAACGCUGGGAAGGUUUUAAUGGAGAUGGAGAAAAAUUUCAAUCAGCAUCUUUUGGAUUUUGUGGUUGUGCGAUAUAUUGAUAUAUUGAGUAUCAGCUUUAGUCAGGCCACACCUGUACCAUACUAAAGAAGCAGACAAGCUGGACAGUGAUAUGUUCAACUCUCAGUGAAUGAGACAUGAUGAUUUUCUUUUUCAUUCAGAAUAAAUUUACCUGAUAACCA